UUUCUUCCGAUCCAAGCUCCGGCCCUCACCAGUACUGUAUGGACUGUUGCUCUACAACCACUCCAGGUUGAGGAAAACGAAACUUUCCCAGCAGGUUGGAUGCAAUACUGCUACUGGACCCAACCCGCCCCUUGGCACGCGCUCUCCACAUCGGUGGGGGCGUUCGUGGAUACCCUUCUUCUCCGCAAAACCUCGAAGAAGUAGAAUCCAAGCAACCCAUCCUCUGUGUCCCUCUCGCACAAUGCUAGCUCUUUCAUCCUAGCUAGAGUCUUCCUUCCCAAAAAAAUCUAGAUCGCCAACGCCAUGAAGGACAAGUUUGCCAUCAACAUUGCUGUCCUUGGCUGCGAAGACACAGGCAAGAGUACUGUAGUGAAUGCAAUCUGCGGCGCGCCAGUAACUGAGGCGGACUUUGGGCGGACAACAGAGUGCAUCAACGUCUUUCGCCUGGUUCAGCGUGUCACAGACUUUGUGCAGGAAGAGGGCAUGGGCACCGAUGGUGUCGAUGAGGAAACCACGCACAAGCGGCCCCGAUCCCCACACAAAGAAGAGCCGCAGUCACUUCAUGCCAAACGCAUUCGGUCCACAUUCAAGACAAUCAAAGAUCUCAACGAUGAGAUGAAGAAAGGCAAGUCGUCUGACCUAACCAAGGAGUACGAGUACACCGUCCCUGUCGCGAAGUUGCCAAUCACGAUGCGAUCUGAUGCUCAGUUGCAUAUUAUUGAAUCGCCUGGUCUCAACGUCAAGAACGCCGACAAUGCACCGGUCCGGGCGUACUUUGAGCAAAACUGGAACUCGCUGGAUGCUGUUCUGGUGAUCAUCGAUGCUAAGCAUUCAGCCGACGUUGCCCAGCAGGAGGAGAGCAUCAGGUUUGUCCACAACCUUUUGAAAACGGUGAAGAAGAUUCCAUGCUAUUUCGCUUGCAACAAGGUUGACAACCCAGACGGUUUGGCUGGCACCGAGGACGAGCAAAAGCUGGAGAAAACACGCAAGACUGUUGAAAAUAUCUUUGGUGUCGGCUGCCGCGUCCAAGCACUGGAAACCUAUUUGGAUGAUUCUUGUUCACAGCACCACGAUGUUUAUCCGGUCUUUGUUCCCACGUCGGCCAAGACGGCGUUCUUGUUCCGGGCUGGGUCAGCCAUGACGGAAGCAGACUUCAACUCAACGAUGAGGCCAGAGCGCUUCUACGAUAUUGGAGCAAGGCACUUUGGACUAGGCUGGCGAGACAUGUCCCAAGAGACAAAGGCAGCGGAGCUUUGCAAGAUCGUGAAGGACGAAAGCCGCAGCUCGGACUAUUUACGUUUGUCUGGCUUUGAAAAGCUUCUGCUCGCUUUGGAGAAAGGCAUUGGAGGAGACCGUGCCCAGCUGGGACUCAUUCAGAGAAAGCUGAAAGCCGAGCUGUCGGAGGCCGACUUUGCUUCUGGCAAUCUCGAACACACAGUUCGAAGCAUUGAUGACAAGCUUGUUCUCCUGAAUCAGCCGAAGGAUCAUCUGAAGGAAAAGCUGUGGGCUUCGAUCAACUCUUGGAAAAUGAACGCAAUCGAUGCCUUUAAAAAGGAUUGCAUGCUGGAGAAGCUUGCAUUUGCGGCUCAGAAGCUAAUCGAGUUCCAGCGAUUCUGCGGUUCUUCUGGCGAUAUUUGGAAAGGUGAGAUCGAAAAGACCAAGAAGGAGCUUGCCACUCUGGUCAAGCAGAUGCUGGUCGUCGUCAACAAUCGCGCAGCCGAAUGGAGCUUUGAAGCCUGGAAGGAUCUGUACCGCAAGUUUGUGAGGUCUGGAGGCAAACAACCGGGGGGUUCCGGAUGGUCCAGUUUGUCGCCAAUUGAUUGGCAGAAACUGCUGAACUCCAUUUUGCUGCUGACAUCGGACGAGUUUAGUUGCAGCUUCGGGCAUGAAAUCGUAUUGCUGCAAGAACACAAGGCGCGGUUCGAGCACUACGCAACAUGGUGUCCAAACUGCGACGAACUCGGCUGUUCCUGCGAUGAGACGGAGAGUCUUCAGAAUCUCGCAACCGUCACGUUCAAGAAGGGUAGCAAUGGCGGCUUCAAGAUGCAUCCAUCCAAUGAAGCGAAGUACGCGUUCCUUGUCCGCAUCAGAGUUCCCCAGGACUACAAGACGUCGCCCAAGCACUUCGCGCACGUCCCAUGGCUCUAUUGCGCAUCCAUGAAGAUGUAGCGCCGAGAAACAAGAACAAUGAACGAAAAGCGCUCUAAAUGGAGGUGUUUUGGCAACGAGGCCAGCAGCGCAAGUAAUCCCAAAACUAAAAUCACAUAACUAUUAGUCAAAAGUAAUAACC